CCCUCUUUCUCUCUCUACACUGAACACACAUUUUCCGAUGGUCGACGUCUUGAGCUACACAGCGAAAUCGAAGGUUGUCCUUUCGUGAGCUUGUGUGAGCUCUCUCUCUCUCUCUCCCACCAUUAGUCUCCUUCGUCCUCGUCCUCUUUCUUUCGAUUUUUUUCUUCUUCUUCUCCUAGAAUCAUGUUGAUUCAUGUUUCCUCCGUGAUUUCCUCUUCUUGGUAUCUUUUCUUUCCUGUUCGACGCAAAGAUCACGAGGUCUCUGUUUCUGUUCUUUUCCUCGUCUUGUUGUCUGAAAGAGUUCGACUUCGAAUUCUUCAAGUGAUUUAUUUGCUCUCUUCCAAUCUUCAAGGAGGGGUUUUUCUUGAUGGGUUGAACCAUUUUCACGUUGUACCAAAUCCGGCGAGUUCGAUUUUGCGUGACCUUUUUUGUGGUUUGUCGCUUGGAACUAAAAACCCAUUCAAGAAGUCAAAUCCUUUGCUCAUUGAAGAUGGGAAGAGUUAAGCUGAAGAUCAAACGGCUUGAGAGCACAAGCAACAGACAAGUUACAUACUCGAAGAGAAGAAGUGGGAUACUGAAAAAAGCAAAGGAAUUGUCAAUUUUGUGUGACAUUGAUAUAGUGCUUCUUAUGUUUUCUCCCACAGGAAAGCCUACGCUUUUCCAUGGCGAACACAGCGGCAUUGAAGAUGUCAUCGCCAAGUUUUCCCAGUUAACUCCCCAAGAAAGGACGAAAAGGAAACUGGAGAGCCUUGAAGCACUGAAGAAGACUUUUAAGAAGUUGGACCAUGAUGUGAAUAUAAACGAGUUUUUAGGAGCGAGGAAUAAAACUGCCGAGGUUUUGAGUAAUCAAGUAGCGGUUUUACAGGCUCAAAUUACCGAGAUACAUAGGAGACUAAGCUGUUGGGGGAAUAUCGAUAGAAUUGAAAACGUAGAGCACCUCGGGCAGUUGGAAGAAUCGUUGAGGAAUUCCGUCGAGAAGAUUCAGAUUCACAGGGAAAAUUCCAGAAAGAACCAACUUAUACCGGUAGGAUGCACAAGCCAGUUUCACUGUGGAAUAUCGUUGCCAUUGGCAAUGGGAGGAGUGCAAGAAGCUCAUUCGUUAUCUUGGCUUCAUGACGACGAUAACCAACAGAUCAUCAUACCGGGCGAUCCAAGUUUUCUGCUGCAUCGAGACAUGAGGAGUACAUCAACUGUUCCUUCACUUGCGGUCUACUCGGGUUUCUUUGAGCAUGGAAAGCCAGAAGAUCAGAUCUGCAACCCGGGACAGUUUGACAACUUAGGACCCGAACCCAGUACCUUGAACGAGUUAAACAGAAACGGGUGCUUGAGUUUACAAUUCGGGGAGGAAUAUUCAUAUGGUAAUCCAUUUGGUAGUAUGAGCAUGCAAGAUGAUGACAAGAAGUUGGAUCAAGGGAUCGAGUUAAACUUGCAACAAGAUCCUUCGAUGUAUCAAUCUAAUACCAGUUUCCAGUUUCCUCAUCAGCCCAUGGGAACCAGUGAUCAUCAUCAUCAUAAUACAUGGUUCCCAGAUUCUGCCUGUUGUAGCACUUCAGGGUUUGGCCAGACUUCUUACAACCAGGAAGAAGAAAAUGGUGAAGUGAUGAUCCUUACAUGUUUUGGGAAUUGCAGCAAAGGAAUUAACUCAGGUUUGGGAACUGGUAACUUCUUCAGUGGAUGCUGAGGCUUUUGCCUUAACAAAGAGUAGGUUCUGAGUAUGCAUGUUUGUACAUUACAGGAUAUACUGUAUGCCCAGUGUAUAUGUUAGAAUGCACAUGUAUGUAUGUAUGUACGUAUGUACGUAUGUAUACAACAGAAGGGUUUCUUCUAGGAACAUUGUGCAUACAAGAAUGUUGGUGUUAGAGAAUGUAAUAUAAAUGUUACAUUGGUUCAAUUAUAAAAAUUUCGGUGUAAUGUUAGGGGGAAAACUCCUGCUUGAUUUCA